UCCAGCGAUGACAUCUAAAAAAAACAGCAGAACAAUAUAAAACCCCAACACAAACAUACAUCGACUGAGCCUGUUCGGAACAAAAAGAUUUAGAAAUCUAUCGUCCGAGGUGGGACCAACAUUAUUAGAGGAUUUGCGCACAAGUUCGUCCCGCAGCUGAGCUCUUUCACCACUGUGCCAUGGAGUUCCCGGAUCUCGGGGAGCACUGCUCAGAGAAGAGCUGCAAACGUCUCGAUUUCCUUCCAAUGAAAUGUGAUGCCUGUGAAGAAAUUUUCUGCAAAGACCACAUAACUUAUGCAAAUCACAAGUGCACUUCAUCUUACAAGAAGGAUAUCCAGGUUCCUGUAUGUCCGUUGUGCAACACCCCCAUUCCCAUUAGAAGAGGGGAAAUGCCAGACAUCAAGGUUGGGGAACAUAUAGACAGAGACUGUAAAUCUGACCCUGCUCAGAGGAAAAGAAAGAUCUUUACAAAUAAAUGCUCCAAGGGUGGCUGUAAGCAGAAGGAAAUGAUCCGGGUGACAUGUGACCAGUGCCACUUGAACUACUGUCUCAAACAUAGACAUCCACUCGACCAUGACUGUAAGACUGACGGCAAGCCAGUCGGCAAACCAGGACAUGCUGCUUUAAUGAGAGCUCAAGCCUCCUCUUGCAGUAACACGGCAGCCUCCUCCGCUAGGGGGAGCUGUAGGACUGUGUCUAAUGGAGGGACUGGACGCACCAGACCUCAGAGCAGUUGUGCACAAAGGAUAAAUACUUCUCCGAUGGUGUCUCCAACAGCGCAGAAUGUAAUUCCCCCAUCAGCGUCGUUUCAAGCCGGACUGACAGAGGAACAGGCCCUCCAGAGAGCAUUAGAAAUGUCACUGGCUGAAUCUGAUCGGGCAAGCCAGCCUACCCUCAGCCCUCAGGAGCAGGAGGAUCUGGCCUUAGCUCAGGCUCUGGCUGCUAGUGAAGAGGAAUACAGGCGACAGCAGCAGAGACAGCAGGGAGGAGUUUCCAAAGAAACCAGCUGCUGUCUGUCUUAAUGUGAAGUGACACUGACCAACUGCAAACUGCCUCAAUCUGCACACACUUUCCAAUAAUGUACCAGUGAGCUGCACGUCAAGUGGAUUUCUGAGUCCAGCAUACGGAGCAUCUACUUCCCAAAUCAACACAUCUGAUGGCUGUCAUGUUGUCGUUGUCUUUCUGUUUUGCUUCACUCUGUAGUGUGCUUCUUCUUAGGUGGGCAAUUGUGCCGUUUUGACAAGUGGUGCUUCAUGUAAAUAUUUUAUAUAGCUAUCAUGUUCAGCUGGCAGUCAAUAUACAUGACUUUUGAAAUAAAUUAUUUUAAAGUGUU